AUGCCUCCAUUGUUCAGCCUCAUUAAUGAUGUGAACCCUUCAAAAAUGACAUGGGCUUUGAAGCUCAGGGUCGUAAGAUUGUACGGAGUUCCUACUUAUGGUAGUAACUCUGAAUUGUGGACCCAAGAAUGUGUAUUUCAUGAUGCAGUGGUUGGUAGCUAUUGGGUGUAUGGCAAAAUUGCUUCUGUGGAGACAAAUGGAAACUGGUGGUAUAUAUCAUGUAACAAGUGUCCUAAAAAACUGACUCCUGCUGGUGGAAAAUUUUACUGUGAAAAAUGUGAUGUUCUGGACUCAAAUGGCAAGAUAAGAUACAAAAUUCAAAUCCGAGUGGUGGAUCAUACUGGAAAUGCUGCUUUCUUAAUGUGGGACAAAGAAUCUACUGAGUUACUUGGAAAAACUGCACCAGAGUUGAAGGCCAACAAUGAUGAAGGGGUUAUCCCGGAUGAAAUUGACAACUUGAUAGACAUGAAGGUUCUGUUUAAGGUCCAAAUCAGAUCUGCCCAACUUGGUGUUUCCAAUGGUGUUUACACGGUGAUUAAGUUAACAAAGGAUCGUUCUCUAAUUUCAAAAGUUCGUGGAGCACAGCUGGAUAGUGAGGAAACUAAUAUUUUCUCAAACUUAAAUCAUGCUUUGGAGAGUGACAAGUUUUCUUCUUCCGUGAACAAAGUUAAGACUCCUAUAGAAGUCUUGAAGGUAGCAUCUGAUGAAGCUACUGAAAGCACUGGUCUGAAGAGGAAUCUUAUGGAUGAGUUUUCAGCCACCGGAAAAGGAAAGAAUUUGAUGGUUCAAGUGAAGAAAGAAAAGGAAUGA